UCGCAGAAAGAGGUGGAUUCCAGUGCCCGCUACGUGGAACAGUACUUUCACCGUCCGUUGACUUUUGAAGAGCGUGAUCAGCUCUUCCGCAUUCUGGAGGCUGGCAAGACAGCCAAUGGCAGUGGCGGCGGUGCUGGUGGUGGAGGCAAUGCCAGUGCCGGUGCCAACACUCUGUCCGUCCAGUUGAACCAUGCUUUUCCGCGCUUCCUUCUGGCCCAGAAGAACAGCCUGCGCAACGCCUCUGGCAACCUCGCCAAGUACUACACCUACGUGAAUAUCAGCGCUUCUCUGCACCGUGACCCCGCCACCACGCAGUACUGGUGGGUGCUGGAGGAGGUGGGUCUGGCCGACCCACCCUGCUACGGCACCAUUAAUAACCUCACCGAGGCGGCCAGGUCCUAUCGAUCACCCUUCCGCAGUCUCUCCAUCAUCACCUUCAAUGAGCGCGUUUCAGACAACAUUCUUGGAAAGAUAUUCAGCUCUUACGGUCAAUAA